AUGUGGCAGCUGCUGAUGCUGCUGGCCCUGUGGCUGGGCACAGUGAGCUUGGGCAGGGCUGAGCUCACAGCAGCCCAGCAGCAGGGCCUGCAGGUGGCCCUGGAGGACUUCCAUAAGCACCCGCGUGUGCAGUGGGCCUUCCAGAAGACCAGUGUGGACAUUGCCAUGGACAAGCCCACCCCAGCGGGGACCUUUGUGAGGCUGGAAUUUACGCUCCAGCAGACAGGCUGCGGGAAGAAGGACUGGAAGAGAACUGAGUGCAAGGUCAAGCCCAAUGGGAGGAAGCGGAAAUGCCUGGCCUGCAUCAAGCUGAGCCCUGAGUUUAAAGUCCUGGAGCGGAUGGUCCACUGCCCCACAGAGAUGCAGUCUCGACAGGGACCCACGGAGCAACAGGAGGCCCAGUGCAGCAGGAUUGAGCAGGGGCGCGAAGGAAGAUACUACUUCCCGGGACAAUUUGCCUUUCUCCAACAUCCUGCCUCCGGCUGA